AUGGCUACUAACAUCAUCUACAUAGUUGUUAGAUGCCAGCUCCACCUUCGCACUGCUCAGCAGAAACAAAACGGUGGGAAAUUCAAAAAACCCAAAUUUAGCUGGACGGAGAAGACGGCACAGAACAAUGCUUUCCUCCAGCCCGAAGAGUCAGGGAGCACAUACGAGGUGGUAGAACUAGAAGCUGCAGAUGGCUCACGAUGGAAGACCAAGCUAGUCCAUAGCACGUCUUGUGAAGAGGACGUUCGUAUCGCUGGUCACAGCCAUAUCAAAGAGGUCGCUCUGCAGCACCGGAUGGAAGAAGCUAGGAAGCAUAUAGACGAGCUCAAAAAAGCAGAGAUCACGGUAAUGGGAGCUCCAAAGUCUCUAUGGAAUGACGCGGAACCGGAUGAUGACUUAUUUGAUAGUAUCUUUUACAUUGUACACAAGCCGGUGACGCUCGGUGAUGGGACUAGGAUCAUCAUGACUAGGUAUUGGUGGGACGUGGUUGUUGUGGCUCGUAUUAGUUUGUUCUCAUCGAAGGCUCGCAGAAUGAAGCUUGCUCAAUCCAAGGUCUCGCUAUAA